AUGUCCAUGUACAACCAGCACCGUGGUCUCGCGCCACCUCCCCAGGGCGGCAGUGCCCGCCUGAACGAGCUGCUGGAUGGCAUCCGCGCAGAGUUCGAGAACCAGGCUCGAGCAAGUGGGGAAUAUGAACACUCUAUCGCGCAACAGAUCAACGAGAUGCAGAUGGUUCGCGAAAAGGUUUAUACAAUGGAACAGACACAUUUGGCCUUGAAGCAGAAAUACGACGAGGAGAUCCAGCGUCUCCAUCGCGAGCUCGAGGCGCGCGGUGGUAACCCUCGCGCCUCGGGCAUUGGCGCUCCCCCUCAGCAUACUGGCCCCUCCCAAGCGCCCCCCUCCAUCGGCCAUGGCCCGAGCAACCUCUUCGGCGGGAUCAUGACGCAGGGCGGACAGGGAGCGCCGGGUCUGGCUCCUCCCCCACCACAACCAGAUCAACAAGGUCCUCCACAACAUCAGAUGCCCCAGCCAGGGCCGCCUCCCCCACCACCCCAGGCCCCUCCGUUCCAGAGUGCGAACUAUCCUCCUGGACCAGGACCGAACGGUUAUGCUAACCCGCCUCCUCCGCCGACAGCAUCUCCAGGCCCCGGCAAAGGACCACGUCUAGGAAAUCGUGGACCGGGCGGCGGUCCAGCAACGCCCUCGAUGGGUCAACCGAUCCCAUACUCAGACCCCCGAGCCGCGGCAUCCCCUCAGGUUGGGCAUCCCGUUCCUGACCACCGCGUGGGACCAUUCAGCAAUGUGGGGAACGCCCUUGCAGAGCUGGAUCUCGAGCGUCUCCCCGCGCACCAGAAGAAGGUCGAAUCAGAUUGGUUUGCCAUCUUCAACCCUGGCGUGCCUCGCAUCCUUGACGUUGACCUGGUCCACACCCUCCAGCACGAGAGUGUUGUCUGCUGCGUCAGAUUCAGCCAUGAUGGCAAAUAUGUUGCGACGGGCUGCAACCGAUCGGCUCAGAUUUUCGACGUUGUUACCGGACAGAAGAUCUGCAUCCUCCAAGACGAGUCGGUGGAUUCGGUUGGCGAUCUCUACAUCAGAAGCGUGUGCUUCAGUCCAGAUGGAAGAUUCCUGGCAACCGGUGCAGAGGAUAAGCUGAUCCGGGUUUGGGAUAUUGCCACCAGAUCCAUCAGGAACACCUUUGCCGGUCACGAGCAAGAUAUCUACUCGCUCGACUUCGCUCGUGAUGGCCGUACCAUUGCAUCUGGCAGUGGCGACCGUACGGUGCGCCUCUGGGAUAUUGAAGCGGGUCAGAAUAUCCUGACCCUCAGUAUCGAGGAUGGUGUUACCACCGUUGCGAUCUCUCCCGACACGAAGUAUGUCGCCGCUGGAUCUCUUGACAAGAGCGUCCGGGUCUGGGAUGCCGCCACCGGCUACCUCGUCGAGCGUCUCGAAGGACCAGACGGCCACAAGGAUUCCGUCUACUCCGUUGCCUUCGCGCCAAACGGAAAGGAUCUCGUCUCUGGUAGUUUGGACAAGACGAUCAAGAUGUGGGAGCUUGUUGCACCCAGAGGUGGACACCCCAACACCGCUCCUAAGGGUGGACGGUGCAUCAGGACUUUCGAGGGACACAAGGACUUCGUCCUCUCGGUUGCCCUCACCCCAGAUGGAAACUGGGUCCUCUCCGGAUCCAAGGACCGCGGGGUGCAAUUCUGGGAUCCGCGAACCGGCAACACGCAACUCAUGUUGCAAGGCCACAAGAACUCGGUCAUCUCGGUGGCACCCAGCCCCUCUGGCGGCUCAUUCGCUACCGGAUCCGGAGAUAUGCGGGCGAGGAUCUGGAGCUACAAGCCCUUCCCGUGA